AUGACGGAGGCUACGAUAAGGAACAAGCCAGGGAUGGCGAGCGUGAAGGACAUGCCGGUUCUCCAGGAUGGCCCACCGCCGGGAGGGUUCGCUCCGGUUCGGUUCGCUCGCCGCAUCCCCAACAAGGGCCCCGGCGCCGUCGCCAUCUUCCUUACUGCCUUUGGCGCUUUCUCUUGGGGCAUGUAUCAGGUCGGCCAGGGCAACAAGAUCCGAAGGGCACUGAAGGAAGAAAAAUAUGCUGCCCGCCGAUCCAUUCUGCCGGUGCUACAGGCUGAAGAGGAUGAGAGAUUUGUUAGAGAGUGGCAUAAAUAUCUCGAGUAUGAGGCAGAAGUUAUGAAGGAUGUACCUGGUUGGAAAGUUGGUGAAAGUGUGUAUAAUUCUGGGAGAUGGGUGCCCCCAGCAAGUGGUGAGCUGCGUCCUGAUGUCUGGUGA